CCUGACCUGACCUGACCUGACCUGGCCUGAACCUUGAGGGGUUCGGUUCAUUCAACCUUUCAUCACUCUGAGGUGUCACAGUGAUACUUUUCUCCCUUCUCUUUCAACUUACGUUCACCAAAGUCACGCUUGGCUCUACAGCGCAAUUAACAAUAGACCUGCAGUAUAACUCGGGUCGAUUAUUAUUGCGCGUGUUUACUUUGCCUUGCUUUGCCUUAUUUUACUUUGCCGUAUACUUCACUUUACCCUUCUCUUCUACUUAACCCGCCCCUCCCUCCAUCUCUUCACCAAUGUGUGUCUUCUCGGCCAACGAUUCCAUUUUCGCGAACCGAGUCUGGUGCCAGUGCCAAACCUCAAUCUCAACCCAACGACCCGAUCUGCGAAUGAGUUAUGGACCGAAAGCCUUUCCAUGAUCCCAUACCAGAGAAAGCAUGAACGAAACGAUUUUCAGUUCGAUACCGACGCUCUAGAACUGUGCCGCGACACCUUUCGUCCUGCCCUUUACCCCUGCGCAUCCGUGUCCGCCUGCGUCAACCUCGAGUCCACACAGUUUACGUCCCGAUCCUACCGACUCCGCGAUCAUGGAACCCGAGACCGCGACGUCGACCGUCCAGGCCGCAAAACCAGAGCAUGCGGAUCUUUCUGGUAAGGCCAGACAAACGUGGCGGUAAGUUGAAUAUCCUCACUCACAAGAUACAUGUGAAGGAGCCAUUGAUUCAUUGAUUUGCCUCGUGUGAUCAUACCCCGCCAAAAAAAACCAAAAAACCAAAAUAAAAAUGAAAACACCAUGAUUUGAUCGGCUUGCGCAAACACCACAUACUGAUUCCUUGCUCAUACCCAGUAAACACUCAGGAGCUGACAUCUACUAGCUCGGCAGUCAAACUGCGAAAGCAACUGACAAAACACAUGGAAAAGCUUCCAAAAGAUAAUAACUCUGGUGUUGACAUCUCCCAGUUCGAGGCGAUGGAUACGGUUCUGGAUAAGUGAGGAAGAUCGCAUGCGGCUUGCUGCGCUCAUGAAGCUAAUUCAUAUAACCCCACAAAAUAGAUUCCGCCUUGCCUGUGUGCAGACCAUCUAUCUCGACUUUGAGUAUGCUGUCGCCGAGCGUACCGACCAAACUAUGUGGUUGGUGCAUACUAGUAUCAACAACGAAUAUCGAAAAGCCCUGGUUCGCCUCCGACACCUGGCGCAAAAUUCGGACAAGCAAAAGACUGACAAGACGGCCAACGAAAAGCGCAAUGGCGACAAGGACAAGAACAAGGGAGAGAAACAAACCACCCCAAAGCAGAAGGGUGACAAGCGCAAUGUGGAGCGACGGAAGUUUGGGGACAAGUAUCUGGGCUUUCUACAUGUUGCUCAGGAGUUCUACAAGGGAUAUGUCCAGCGCCUCUCUGCCCGAUACGACAUCCCUGAAUUGAAGCGCAUUGCUCAAGGCGUCGAGGUGGACGGAUCCCCCAGUAGCGAUGUCGUCAGUCCCGUUCCCGAUUCGAUCUAUCCACUGGUCAUCAAUUCAUGCCACUUCACUCUCAUUUGUCUCGGCGACCUGGCGCGUUAUCAGGUUCAGUCAGGCCUGAAGAAAUCGAGCUAUAAGAUUGCACUGGCCUAUUACAGUCUUGCUCACGAUCUGAAACCCGAUUCCGGUUUCCCGUUCCACCAGAUGGGCAUGAUAAGCCUCGAGGAAGGCAAAGAUUUAGAUAUCCUUUACUACUUUUACCGGAGCAUCGCAACUGCCGAUCCUCAUCCCAACGUGAAGCAGAAUCUUGAGUCCAAGUUCAAGAGCUAUUUCCAGCCGGAUAAGAAUCCGCCUAAGAAGCAAGCACGUGGACCAAGCGAUGCAUUCGUCACCUGGUUUACUAAGCUUCAUGCUUCCUACUAUAGGGAUGAGACCAUGGCAGGCAGCAGGGAACUUGAACGGGAAGUCCUCCAUCGGCUUGAUAUGGCUUCCAAGAACCCUGACUAUUCCGAGGUUCUGUUCAGGAUGUCCCUGAUCAACAUGUCGAGCUACUUCAUCGCCACUCAGAAAUAUACCGAGGCACAGACACAGGCAGCUUCACGUUUUUGUCACCAUACUUUGCGCAUCAACGCUCAAUUCAUUCUUGCGUUUUGCUCGGCACUCAUCUCUGAGCUCACCAAUAUUGUCGGCCGCGAGAACCCUGCUUCCGAGGACCCAGCAACAGCCAAAUCAUCCCCCGUGAUCGAGGCGCUUCUACCUCUGCUUCGUAUAUACGGCAUGUGGCUGGCUGCACGCCGCCAGGAAAUAUUCGCGGCUGGUAAAGCUCUUGGCACCGUACUGCCAGAUAUGAUGAAGGCCAUUUCAAAGGUCCUCUCAUUACUGUGCAACGAGACAUAUACCCAGGAAAACCUGGCCUCAUGCCCAUAUCUUCUCGCGGAGGAUGUCCAGACCCAAGGUCUGCUUCCCCUUGCCCCGGACCAGGUUCCGCAAGCUUGCCGAUCCUACUUUUCUGAGAGCGGUGGCUUGAAGCCAAGACUGCCAUCCCAAGAGAGACGACUCGGCACUUUCCAGGAGACACUGGCAAGAAUCUUGGACAUACUGCGAUGCGCCUACUUCCUGGCUGAGGACGACUUGUGCCCUCUUGCCGCCCAUGUCUCCGAGAAAGGCCUUGCUUUUGAGUACAAGGAAAAGCCUGCCGCGAGCGAAGAUACUUCCCAGCCGAUGUCUAUUGUGAGUUCUCCUGUGCGGGAAGCUCAGAGCAACACCAGGACCGCAAGUCGACAUCGCACCGUUUCGGACAACCCACAAACAGGGAACCGACUUGCGUCCAAGGUGGACGCGAGGAGGCCUUUCGUUGCAUCUAUCGAGACACAGCCUCCCCAUGAGCAGUCCGUACCUGACGAUGCUGAUAACACUGUUAUCAACAUGCUUGCUCCUUUCCUAAGGCCCCCUACCCCUGAACAGGCACAAUCUGGUCCCUGCUCCACUGAUGAGACCUCAUACGGAAUGCAUAGCACAACUGCGAACGAGGUCUUUGGGAUGCUUCAGGCUGACCCCAGCCCUACCACAGGCUCCAUGCCCUCUGGCAAGUUUGAACCUCUUCCCUGGGACUGGGUAUACACCCCGACACCCCAUAAGGGUAGCGAUGCCUCGGUCUCAUACAAGGAUGCUUUCGAAGCUCCCAUUAGUCCCAACUUUUCUACAAGGAAAACGUCACGAACCAUCAGCGCAUUUGAGGACCCUUUCACCAAUUCUACUCCUCAGCUACCAACCAUGCCGACUCCCCGAGCUGGCAGUGGCAUGAUGGCCAGCCCUCGUGUUAGCUCAGCUGCCGAAGAGGCCCAUCGCAACAACUUGCUUCAAACUUUCGGUAGCUCUAGCACCCCUCGUACUUCGGUGUCCAGCCAAUGGGGCCAAAACCACAACCGCACGUCCAUCGAGACAGCACCUCAAUCCUAUGGUCAUCACCAAGCCCCGAACGGCUACGCUACGUCUUCCUCUUUGUCUGCGUUCUCACACCCAAGCAGUUUGUAUCAAGGCACACCUGCUAAUGAGGCUACUUUCGGCAUGCCGACUGGAGUUGGCUAUAUGGACACGAGCCGCUACGAUCGCAAUCACAUCCAGGAUCCUGCAUCAUCCUCGUCGGGCCGACGUUUCCAGAUGGAUGAAACGACAUCCAGUUAUGAUGCUGCCAUCCUGCAGGCUGCCUUUUAUGGCAAUAAGUAGAAGCGUAGGUUGUUCUUUUGUGCUUUAGUACACCGCCGUGGAAAUUGGGAUAUUCCAAUCUGCCCAGUUUUUCGUCGACUCUUGCGCUUUCAAAAACGUCUCGUUCCUGGUCUAGACCACUCGGGACGGAACAUGAUUGAUUGCAUAGCCGACGAUUCGCUAUAAAGCACCUGCACGUGUCCCAGCAUGGAGUACUGAUCUUUUGGAAUCGGUCAGCUUUCGAAGAUGUUGACGGCAUAAUGGAUCAGUUUUACAGGUGCAGUACGCUGGCCUACCUCGGCUGCUCCAUGUCUUCGGACCUCGUGCGACAGCUGAUGAGUUUGCUCGCCAACCGGGUCAAGCUUAGUCGGUAUUCAUCCAGUCUGAUGGUAUAGACACCAUUCGUCGGUGCAAGAUCUUGGGUUUUAAAGCAAGAAGUCAUUCAUUUUAUAUUCACUCAGAUAAUAUGCUUGCCAAAUACUCGAUAUCGUGGAGGAUACCAUGCCGCUCAAUGCGCUUGGGAGCCCUCAGUUUGGGGUAUAUUCUCCCUUUGGAUGCAAACGCCGUUGUUGAAACCGUUUCCCUUUUCCCCAGCAACGCCGAACCACAUUCAAUUAUCCAAGAAGGAUGUGCAAGAUGAGUUGUUAAUAGAUUUAAGCAGCCUGGUAGGUUUGCUUGGGGAAGGGGUAUCUGCAUGAGAGUUAGUUGAGGUUUGUUAUCAUGUUACUGGGAUUGGUGCCCUAGUCAAGGAGCUAUGCUGUUGAUAAGAAAGAUAGGUAGAGGAAUGAAGCAGUAAAUUUUGGGAACACAACUUGGCAAGAAUGGUGCAUGCGGGUAAACUUACGAAGGUCCAAGCUCCUGGAUGCUCAAACGAGCGAGCCACUGGCCCAUGUCAAUGCUGGUUUCGAGGGGCUUGUUCUGGAGGAUACCAGCCAGGAGACCACCAGCAAAGGCGUCACCAGCACCAUUGGUGUCGUUGAUCUUCUCCUUCUCAAUAGCGUGAACGGGGAACUCCUUAAUAUCGUCCUCACCCUGGAUAGCAACCAGAGUAGGGUCGGUACCCUGAGUGACAAUGGCAAUUCGCUUUCUCUUGGUAUUCUCCUUGGGAAGGUUGGCGAGGUGCUUGACAACAUCCCUGGGCUCCUUGCUAGGGAGGUCGUGGGACUCGGCAUAGGCGGCGGCCUCGGUCUCGUUGCCGAUGAUGUAGUCCCAGUAAGGGGCGCUGGCAUCGACAACCUCCUUGAAGAAUUGAGGGAUGAAAGGAGCAGACAGGGAGAGAACAAAAGGCUUGUUGUGCUCAGCAGCCUGCUUGGCGAGCUCCAUAAUGGCAGGAGGGCAGACUAACAUGGGUUAGCAUUAUCAUAGUGUUUGUGAUGUUUGUGACCGGGCUCGUACCAGUGAAGUGGAAACCACCGACGUAGUAGACCUCAGCGUUCUCAACGAGCUUCCAGA